CACAGAUACCUGCUGAUACUACUGAACAAGGUGAUGUUGUAUGCCUGGGAAAACUUUCUUAUGCAGUUUUUGAUGUUCUAUUGUGAUGAGAAGGCUGGAGAUGCAGUUGAUUAUGAAGAUUUUGAUGAGCAGUAUGAGGGUCCAGAGAUUCAAGCUACUAGUGAGGAGGACCAUUUGUCACCCAAAAAGGAGUACUUCUCUACUGAUGUUUCUCUUGCUUCGUUGAAGCCUACAUCAGUGUUUGAUGAUGAAAAUUAUGAUGAGGAACUUGAACAAGAACACGAGGUGGUGGAUAACAAUUUGGAAGUUCAAACUACCUCUUUAACAGGUGACCAGGGUGAAAUUCUUGGUGUGGUUUCUGAAAGUGAGAAAUCUUUUGAUGAUGAUUUACAACAUGCCUCCCUAGAAGCUGAAAAGUUGGCUGUCGAUAUAGAAGAAUUCCAGAGACCUAGAGUGGCGGCAGCGACGUCCCAAGCGGAGAGAAGCUGAGCUCGUGCGAAUCACUCUCGGAUGGCUUCGUUUGUUCCGUGUGGGAUUGUAGUUACCCUGUUUCAGCUCUUCUAUUGAUGGUUUAUUGCGGGAUGGUGGGUAGGUGCGCUUCAUUGAAGACGAUGAGGACGGGGCAUUGAUGAAAAUUGAAGACAUCUGUGCCGGGUAGUUGAGAGGAAGAAACGGAAUGCACAAAAUUAGCCGUUGGGGAGAACGUUAUGCUUGGGUCAGGACAGUGUUGUGAACUACACAUGAAUGGGUUCGUUGAAUAUGUUUUCUGUUAUGCUCUGGAGUUUAUUGAUGAAACGGUGCGUUUUUCCUUGUGGUCAGCACAGACGGACAGCGUUCCAGCGUUUUUAAAUGAAACGCAGCAAGAACCUUAAAGUCAGGAAGAGUCAUUGGAUGGGAAAGGCUCUACACCACUGCCUGUUUUGUGUAUUGAGGAUGGGAUGGUAAUCUUACGAUUCUCUGAAAUUUUUGGUAUUCACGAGCCCUUGAAGAAGGGGGAGAAGAGAGACUGUAGGUUCUCCAUUCCCAAAGAUGGAUAUAAAUCUAUGGACAUGUCUGAUAUUGUUGAAGAGGAUGAGGAGGAAUUUUUAAAGGAUGCUGGUCAAGGUUUUUCAUUUAUGAAACAGGCACAUUCACUUGAACUUGAAGGCUCAGUUUUUGAUGAUGACAAACCAGAGGUCACAGCAUUUGGUGAUCUGCAAGAGGCUACCUCAUUGCCUUCAGAAGAUGACGGGCAAAGAAAGGACUCCUGUCUCAGUGCAGAACCAAUGAAAGAUGGGGUAAUAGGAAAUUUUUCUGUUGGAUUGCAGGCACCACAAUGUCCUGGGUUUUAUCCUCUUGAUCAGCAACACUGGGAAAAGGGAAUUCUUUGGGACAAUUCUCCUGUAGCGAGUGACAAUUCUGUUGAAAGUUGUGAAAUUUCUGGACCUGACUUGGAUGCUUCAGUUGUUAGUGAAGCAGAACUCGAGACAGGGUGACAAAAUCCUGGAUCAGAGCCCCAAACAGAACCAGAUGAGAAUGAUCAUUACAGUUUUCUUCGCAGCUAUCCUGAUUUGCUGGAGCCCUUUGGCUCAAGAAACUCCUCCCCUCCAUUCUCAUUAAGACAAUAUCAUCCGCAACUUUUGAGGUUAGAAUCCUGCUUAGAAGUGGAUAAUUCUGAUCAUGCAGAUGGUGGAAAGGAGAAUGCUAGUGAGGGGUUCACCAAUGUGAUGGUUUAAAGCAUUUUAACAAACUCACAUCACAACACUUGAGAACACUUGCUCUAACACUAGUUCUUUUUGCUGUACGAUAUUCCACUGGGGGUUCAUGUCAGCAACAACUCUUGGUCAAAAUCACAAUAUAUAUUGAGUUAUAUUCUUCAAGAAACUAAAUAGCAAGUUUGGUCGUGGGCCUAGGCUUAGGGCCUCCUACUAGAGUAGAAAAAUGCCUCCGAAUGUAGGGUAAUAAGUGAUUUUUUUUUUUUUUAAACAAAAAAUUUGUGAAUUGUGCAUUUUUCUUCUACUUCUAA